ACAUUCUUGUCGCGCGCUACCAAAAGCAAAGCGGAAGUGAACGCGCGAGAAGAAGCUGGCAACGAACCCAGUAGUCAAGGAAGAUGUAUAAGCACGUGUUUCUUACGGGACCUCCUGGGGUUGGGAAGACCACCUUAAUUCAGAAAACUGUUGACAUUUUAAAAGGUUCUGGAGUUCCUUUGGAUGGAUUCUACACUGAAGAAGUCAGGGAAAGUGGAAGAAGAAUAGGAUUUGAUGUGGUCACUUUGUCAGGGAAGCGAGGAUGUCUGUCCAGAGUGGGGACUUCAUCAAGUUCAUCUGCUGGGAGACGCGAGUACAGAGUUGGACAGUAUGUGGUGGAUUUAGCAUCAUUUGAAAGAAUAGCUCUUCCAAUAUUUAAAAAUGUAAAUCAUAGAGGAAGAGUUAAUAAAAAGGUGUAUGUUAUUGAUGAAAUUGGAAAAAUGGAGCUAUUCAGCCGUUCUUUUAUACAAGCAGUGCGUGACACUCUUGACAGUGAGGUGACAGCAGUCCUUGGCACAAUUCCUGUGCCGAAAGGGAAGCCUUUAGAACUUGUGGAAGAGAUAAGAGACAGGUCAGACAUCAUGAUAUUUACGGUUACCAGAGAGAACAGAGAUAGCAUUUUGCCGGACAUAGUUGCAGCUUUACAGGACUGCUUGAAAUAAAGGAACUUGUAAAAGGAUAUGUAAGGAUUAAAAAGGUUUAUGUGCCAAACAAUAUGUUAGUAUUUUUAUUUCAGUAGUAACCAUAUGUCUAGAAUAAAACAAAGAAUUGUUAUAGGCCAUCUUACUGUUAUAGGCAAAAUGUCCUUUUUGAUUUUGUAACAACGAGAAACAUUUUAUUCUAUGGUUACCAUCAGCUUUGAAAUAGCUUGCUAGAGAAUUGUAACUGUUAGUGGAAAUUGACUGUUGUGCAAAAAAUGCAGUUUUUCCUGAAUUGAGCAUUAGCCUCAAGCAAACAUUACCUCCAGAAAUGUUUUUGAAUUUGAGGAGAAGUCUAGAAACGUGUACAUAAUAAAAGACUUACAUGAA